AUGAGCAAUCCUGAAAAGGUCUCACAAGCCUUCACAGCAGGGAGGCUAAUCCUCAUUGAAAAUCCCAUAUACCGCAUAUGGAGUAACAGAUAUGAACAGAGAAACUGUUAUUACCAUGGUCGCAUCCUGAAUGAAAAGGAUUCCAUUGCCACCUUCAAUCUGUGUACGGGACUGAGGGGCUUCUUCAAGUUCCAUAAUCAAACAUAUCUAAUAGAGCCUCUGAAAGAUAGUGACCAAAACGCACAUGCCAUAUUGAAAUAUGAAGAUACCAACCUUGCAAACCAGACCUUUGGAGCAGACAACUCUAACCAGAAGCACAUCCUCACCCGGAAUCCUCGAGCAGUCUCAGAUCCAAAUAAUUUUCUUACAUCUCCAAAAUAUAUCAGCCUUUUCUUGGUCCUGGAUAAAGCUUUUUAUGAUAUGUACAAAGGCAAUCAGACAUCGAUAAGAAAUUUUAUUUUUAACGUGAUCAACAUGCUGAAUGUGAUCUAUAAUACCUUGGAUGUUCAUGUGGCCUUGGUGGGCAUGGAGAUCUGGUCAGAUACCAAUAAGAUUGAUGUGGUACCAAAUAUAGGAACCACGUUCAACAGAUUCUUGAAUUGGCGCAAGAGUCAAAACCAGGAGAAGUGGAGGAAGUAUGACCAUGUUCAGCUGCUCAGUGGAAUUGGCUUCGAACACAAACGGGUGGGGUCGGCAGCUUCAAACUCCAUCUGCAGUUCAAGUUCUGUCUCAGUGAUUGAGGCUUGGAGAAAAAACAGUGUGUCACUAGUAGGAGUGAUAUCUCAUGAGUUGGGUCAUGUCCUUGGAAUGCCCGAUGUGCAUUAUAAAACCAAAUGUCCAUCUGGAAGCUGUGUGAUGAACCAGUACUUGACCUCUAAAUUCCCAAAGGAUUUCAGCAAAUCCUCCCAGAAACAUUUUCAAAACUACCUCUUAUCUCAAAAACCGAUGUGUCUUCUCCAAGCACCAGCUCCAGAAGACAUAAUAACAGAUCCUGUCUGUGGGAAUAAACUCCAGGAAGUUGGUGAAGAUUGUGACUGUGGGACCCUCAAGGAAUGCACAGACCCUUGCUGUGAUGCAAACACCUGCAGAUGGAAGCCUGGGGACCAGUGCAAAGGAGGCAUAGCAAGACAAGCAAAAUGAAGAAACUAAGGCUGAGAGUUGAAGGAACUUACCUUCCUAAGGCCACAGAAUCCAUAUAAGAGAGGAUCCAAGAUGUGAA